UCACACCUCCCAGAGGCCAGAGGGAAGAAGAAAGAGUGAGGGAAGAUAAGAAGGCUCACGCGCAGGAAGAACCUUAUCCGCGGAGGAAGGACCUUGGCCCGACACCAUGCUCCCAAUGGCCGUCCACCCCGCCACCACGCCGGCCCUCGCCCCGCGCGCUCGCGUCGCCCCGCCCAGACCUUCCACCUCCUUGGCCGCCGCCUCGUCCUCCUCCUGCUCUCGCAUCGUCGGUGUCAAGACCAGGAGGCUGCCCCUUCGCUCGCUCCGCAGCGUCGCCGCCGCCGCCGCUGCCGACGCCGUCGAGGAAGAGGAGGUGCAACUAGGUGGGGCUGCGGAUGCGUUGUACGAGGAGGAAGCAGAGGAGUAUGAGGUGAAGGUGCCCGAAAGACAGGAUCCUAUGCUGGUACUGAAGUUCAUCUGGAUGGAGAAGAACAUCGGCAUAGCACUUGACCAAUUGGUUCCCGGCUAUGGCAGCAUCCCGUUAAGCCCGUACUACUUUUGGCCACGGAAAGAUGCUUGGGAGGAGCUGAGAGCGAAACUGGAGGAGAAAGAGUGGAUCUCGCAGAAGCAGAUGAUCAUUCUUCUCAACCAGGCCACUGACAUCAUCAACCUAUGGCAGCAGGGUGGCGGGAGCCUGUCGACAUGAGUCCCUCUCCUUCCUGUUCGUCCAGCCUUGCGACCUUGCUUUUUGUUGGUUUCGUUACAUGCCCUCACUGUUGUUAAUGUUAAACUCACAUGGUACAUGGCCUUGUAGAUCUGUUCAGUCUGUUCUCGGAUAUGGUUUUGUGCAUUAAAAUGAUCAUAUGAUCGAUCUUCGUGAGGCGAAAAAAAUCAGACUGCCUACUUAAUGGCUAGCAAAAUUUCAUUAUGAUUUGAGUCAGUUUUCAUUACAAA